CACACCUCCUUCGCAGCCUCACAGGUCCUACUGGACAGGGGGGACUGGUACUGCAGAUGACUGGUGGACUUCUUCAACUAGGAUAACCCCUUGAAAUCAAAUCCGUCAUUGGGAAGUAACUUUUUGGUCAAAUCUCAGUUAAUUGACAGAGAACCCUUAAGUAGCUCGGAAUCCUGGGAGAUAGUUGGGACCGAUCCAAGAGGAUUUUCAGGAACAAGAAGGAAAGUUGGGGAAACUGAAGUUUCCCAGCUACAUCAAGCAUCACAAGCCGGAGAAUAACUUCUUAUGGUCUUGAGAAUCAUCCAUUAAGUUCUGACGAAGCCUUUCUGGAGCUGACUGAGAAGAGGUCAAGUUCCAGUCAGCUGAACGUGGCGUGGCGAGUGGAUGAGAGGCGCUAAAGAGAGGAUGAGGCCUGGUGAGUCCAUGCAGGGCUGAGGAAUGAGGGAGGAAACCAGCUGAGAAUUGCUUUCGAUGUAAACACGUAGCACCAUGCCAACCCUGCUGCCAAGCUGGCACAAGAGGACCUGGACCGCACUCCUGCUCGCACUGCUCCUUGUUAUCUUCAGCCACCAGAAAGUGACAGGCUCGGUGCUUGAACGUCUCAUAGCUAAACGAACUGAGUACUGGGAGAACUGCAACAGAACCCUGGUGCACUCAAGCCCGAAAUCAGGAAACUACUGUAAUGGAACAUUUGACACGUUUGUCUGUUGGCCUCAUUCAUCUCCAGGGAAUGUGUCAGUUCCCUGUCCAUCUUACCUGCCAUGGAUAAGUGAGGAUGUCUCCAGGAGGGCACACAGAGAGUGUUUAGAAAAUGGAAAAUGGCGACAGAGGGAGAAUUCCUCUGAACCCUGGAGAGAUGACGCAGAGUGUCAGGAGGACCAGUUCUUUAAGGACAAGGAGGAUGAAAUGCUACGCCAGACAGCCCUCAGGCUCAUCUCUGUUAUUGGCUAUUCCCUGUCCCUGACCUCCCUCACACUGGCCACUCUCCUGAUGGGCAUGCUGAGGAAGCUCCACUGCACCAGGAACUACAUCCACAUGAAUCUGUUUGUGUCGUUCAUCCUGAGAGCCGUGGCUGUCAUCUCCAAGGAAAUCGUAUUAUACGUCAUGUAUUCCAACCUGCCCAAGGACGACCCCGGGUGGAAGUCCUACUCAAGCUCUGCAACUGCGUUUAUGUGCAAAUUCUCCAAAGUGUGCAUGGAAUACUUUGUGGCCUGUAACUACUUCUGGCUCCUGGUGGAGGCCGUCUUCCUCCACACGCUCCUCUUCACCGCCGUGCUGACCAAGAGACGCCUGCUGAAGAAGUACAUGAUGCUGGGAUGGGGAACUCCAGUCUUAUUCGUGACACCAUGGACCGUCGUCAAGAUUAUAUAUGAAAACACAGAAUGCUGGUCAAUCGUGAACCGAUGGUUCUGGUGGAUAAUAAGGGGCCCGAUUACUUUGUCAGUGCUCGUGAUCUUCUUCAUUUUCAUCAAGAUCCUGAUGCUGCUGCUGUCCAAGCUGAAGGCGGAUCAGGUGAAAUUUACAGACUACAGAUACAGCUUGGCAAGAGCAACACUGGUCCUGAUUCCUCUGCUGGGAGUCCAUGAAGUGGUCUUUACAGUGCUGAUAGAUGAAUGUGUGGAGGGCAACAGUCGCUACGCCAGGAACUUCCUCAACCUCACCCUCAGCUCUUUCCAGGGUUUCUUGGUUGCUGUGCUGUACUGUUUUGCUAAUGGAGAGGUCCAAGCUGAGCUGAAGAAGCGCUGGCAGCUUUUCCUGUUCACCAACCCUUUCCAGGUCAGGGGCUGUUUUAGGGGCGCGCCUCUUAAGCACCUGUGGAAGUGCACUCGAGGGCACCGCCCCCCCUGCGCCAGGCAGAACGACUCUUGCAAUGAGGGUGGCACUUACCCAACUCACCCGCACCUGCAUCAGGUGGCUGUACAUGGAAGAUGUGGAGUGCUUGGAUUAGGAGAGGUUAAAGGUCAGGGGCUGAAGGACUGUAACCUGACAGGGCUUGACCUUCUCACCAGGAAGAGCCUGUCCAGCAGUGAUGGGGAGAUGACGCUCGGAGAGACUUUGGAGGAAAUUCUGGAGGAGAGCGAGUUCUGA